AUGGUUGAUUGGAAUAAAAUACGUCAUGUAUUUGCUAUUAUUGUCACCUAUUUUUGUACUGCUGCAUGGGUAGUUACUGCUUGGAGAGAGUUUUAUAAACUAAAUAGAUAUGUCAGUCGUCAAUGUCAAGUCAAUUCUGUUAACAUCGACUGGCGUGGAAAGAAAUUUCAAGGUAUUUGGGAAGUAACGGUGCUGGAUGAACAUGAAAGAAGCUAUGUUUUAGUGAGAGAAGGUUUAUCAAAAGGUCUCAAGGAACAAGCAUGGGAUGAAGCACAGAAAUAUCAGAUCAAUCAAACAUACAUAUGUUAUGGUCCUCCUCUUAAUCAAAGAUCAGCUGGACUUUGGGAUUGGCAUUGGAACAAAACAUCCAAAUUUAAAUUUUGUGUUCUUGCAUUGGCUGCAAUGGUAUUUUUUAUUGCGGGUACGCUACUGUUGAGAGGAGCAAUACCUUGGAUAAUACCCUGCAAAACUAAUCGAAAAGAACAGCAUCAACAGGAAUUACAGAGACCGAUAAGAAACGACGAGCAACAAGAGUGA